AUGAUUAACAAAGCAGCACCUGGGUUGUUUCCUCAAAUUCAGUAUGGGGUACCGGGGUCAAACGCUAUUGAAACCGAUGAUGAUCCCAUUUAUGGGAUAAACAAAGAUAUAUUUCUGCAGGUUUGUCAAAACUUGCCUACAAAUUACGAGUCGCUCUUGAAAAGCGAUCGUUUUUACAUGAGUAAAAUGUACUUUGCCGCAAAUCCUUCCGCCGCUAAGACAUUGGAAUAUACCGAUUUCAAACAAUUCAAUAAGAAUUGCGACAGGGAAUUCAAACUUAGGAACAAGCUACAGGACUGGGUAAACAGCAACUCAGAAUCGGGAAUCAUACUUCCACAAUUCAAUCAAUUAGAUGCAAUUUUGACAAAAGGAUACGAUGUGGUAAAAACGAAGAAUCAUCAUUGGCGAAAUGCCAUAUCACAUUUGUUCAAUAAAAGACGAGUCACAGGAUCUAGCAGCAAGCGUUAUGAAAUAGAAAUGAAUUAUACAAACUCUCAUGCUUCUACUGCGAUUAUUGAUAAUAUAGGGCCAGAGCUUGAUUUCAUCGAUUUCAAAUUUGAGGAUAACGACAUUAUGAAAAUCCAGGAGGUUACCGUUAGUGACAAUAUCGAUGAAGUUCCUAUAGACAAUCACCACAGAAGAAAAUCUAGACAUAAUACAUCAUUACAACGUAAAUUGAAAAUACGACAUCUUCAAAUGAUAUCAUUGGGAGCAACGAUCGGAGUCGGGCUAUUUUUGAAUUCUGGAAGAGCGUUCUCCAUAGCAGGUCCUAUGGGCGCCUUUAUCGGUUUCUUGUAUGGUGCGCUAGUAAUUUUGGCGACUCUUUUCUCGUUUGCAGAGAUGGUGGCGUUUAUACCCUUGAUUACAGGUAUCUCUGGUCUCUGCUCACGGUUUGUUGGCGAUUCGUUUGGAUUCACUGUAGGAUGGUGUCAUUGGUUAUCGUAUGCUGUAGCUUUCCCAUCAGAAUUGAUAGCCAGUGCUAUAAUGAUAUCAUAUUACACUCCAUUCGAGAAAGUAGCAACUGAUAAUCUAUACUUGGGUCUUACCGUUACGAUACUUAUUAUUGUACUUACAGGCAUUAAUUUAUUGGACGUAAGAAUAUAUGCUGAAUUGGAGUAUAUCAUGAGUGUGUUUAAAUUGGCUGUAGUAUUGUUCUUGCUCGUACUAGUACUCAUUCUCAAUUGUGGUGGCUUCCGCAACGGAUACUUGGGAUUCAAGUUUUGGACGAAGGAUCGAUCUCCUUCGCCAGAUGUCACAUUCGGACCUUUCAGACCAACAUUUGAUCUUAAUGAUUACGGCUCUGGUUCCAAGCAGGGUAUUGGUGGCUUCGGCGGUGUAUUGCUCAGUUGUAUCACAUGUAGUGUCAGUUCAAUUUUCUCGUAUAUUGGUAGCGAAAUUGGAUUUAUUGCAGCACCGGAAGCCGAGAAUCCCAGAAAAGCAGUUCCAAGCGUAACCAAACGGAUCUUCGUGCGAGUCGUGCUUUUUUAUUUACUCUCGAUAUUCAUGGUUGGAACUGUGAUAUAUGCCGGGGACCCAAGACUUUUACGGAUUAUUUCAGACAACUCUAAAGUAACUGAUCAAAAUCUCGAAAAGUUUAUGCUUAUCAUUGACCAAUUAGGUGGAAUGAACUGCAACACUCGAUUGCAGAAUGAUAAUAUCUUUCAAGAGUCUUCAAAUCAAUCACCAUGGGUGAUAGCGUUUAAAGCAGUAAAACAAUGCGAUCUUGCGAAUGUAAUAAAUGGGGUAUUCGUUUGCAUAGGAAUUUCAGCUGCCAGUUCGCAGCUAUAUGCUUCGAGUCGGACUCUGUAUUCUAUGGCAACACAGAACAAGGCACCAAGUGUAUUUACGUGGUGUACCAAUGGUGGGGUUCCUUAUGUGUCAAUUCUAUUCUGUGGCUCAUUAGGAUUUCUAAGUCUAUUGUGUUUUGAUUUGAGAAGCACUGAGGCUCUUCUUCUUUUUAUCAGUAUCGGUAUCACUGGCUCGGUUGUAAUGUGGUUCGGGAUGAACUUAUCCUUCUUGAGAUUCUACAUGGCUUUGAAAAGACGUCCCGAUAUAAUUGAUAGGAAUUCCAAAGAAUACCCAUACAAGUCUCCUUUCCAGCCAUAUCUCUGUAUCUUUGGCAUGGCAUCAACGACUUUCUUAUUACUGAUGAAUGGUAUACAGAAUUUCUUUGUUUGGAAAACGGCGAACUUCAUAUCAUCUUAUUUGAUAAUCGUCAUCUUUAUCGUCCUGUAUUCGGGAUACAAUGUCGUCAGAACAAGCACCAUCAACCGCUUAGAGCAAAUUGACUUGGAUUCCGGAAGAAGGGAAAUGGACAGAGUCCUUUGGAAAGAGAACGCUGAUUACACAUUGAAUAUCCAAGAACUUUUCCACAAAGUUUUCAGCUAUGUUUAG